GCGCGACGAGUUUGCGAGUUGUAUCGUAAAAGAAUGAUACGCGUGACGGAGGAAAAGAAUGGGGCGAGGGUUUUACGAGGGCGAAUAUAAACGUUUGCCAUGCAAAUACCAAAAAGCAGAUAGCGCGACCGUGGCGGAAAUAUAACGCGAUCAGACGCGGCCAACUUCCACGAUUCCACUUUUUCCCACGGAUUUUCUCAUCCCUCCAUCGUUUUAUUUCCUUCAUUUUUAUUUUUUCCCCGUGACGCCAACCUUUUUAAUCAUCGUUAUUACCGCGCAUUCGAAUCAUUCCGUCGUUUAUUCGAAUUUCGUAAUUUCGCAUCUGUCGCGAUCACUCUUACUGCGAUGUUACGAUUACGUUAUUUCUGAUAAACGAAUCUUCUCAGGAUCGCCCAAUCUAAAAUAUUUUUGCACCAGUCUUCGAGUUGAAGUGUUUACUCUCUUUUCCACAUGUUGUCCGAAAGCCGGAAAAUCGAUAAAAGAGUAUGAGUAUGAAAUAAUCGCACAGUGUAACAAACAAAUUGUCAGAUUUCAUAUUUUUAACUCUCUCUCUCUUUUUUAUCGAUCAAGAUGCAACGCUAUUACAAAGACAAACCGUCACGAUUGAAAAGAAAGAGAAGCAUCAAACGACAAGCUUGGGUGUUAUCCGAGCAGAUCGCGAUGACCAAAUCCCACUUUGUACAAACUUUAAUAAAAUACUCCAAGCUGUACUGCAAGUACACGAAACUGGCAGGAUUCAGAUACUUCGUGGAGUCUAAAACAACGUGGUUCGACAGAACGCUGUGGUUCCUGAUGUACGCGGUCACGGUACCCGCGAUGGUCUACAUGGUUUACAACGUUUAUCUGGAAUUUAUGGAGAAUCCAUUGUUCACCAGCGUCGAAACCGAAUACUUCCCGACGCACGAGCUCAAUUUCCCGGGUAAAUUAAACGCGCUUUCGUAG